CUCCCAGGCAGCAGCUAAGAUCAUUUGGCAAAGAUGGCGGAUAUGCCUUCGAUAGGUUUGGCUGAGGAGAAAGAAAAGGAGAACGAGGACAGGGAGAAGGACGGAAAGACUGUCAGAACGGACAGGAAUAAAGACAAAGAUGGAGUUACUGAAACGCGGGGGUUUAACGACAAAAAUAGUGACGGUAGAGGCAAAAAACGCAACCUGUCAGACUUAUCUCUGGGUAGGUUUAUAACCACUGAGCUCACCAGAGGCUACUUUCUUGAACACAACGAGGCCAAAUACACAGAGCGCAGAGAGAAGGUGUACACCUGCCUCCGCAUCCCCAAGGAGCUGGAAAAGUUGAUGACUUUCGGCUUCUUCCUGUGUCUGGAUACGUUCCUCUAUGUGUUCACGCUUUUACCCCUGAGAGUAAUGCUGGCUCUUUUACGGCUCGUCACUGUGCCAUGCUGCGGCCUCAGAGGCUCCCGAUUACUCCAGCCUGCCCAAGUAUGUGAUGUGCUGAAAGGCUUCAUUAUGGUGCUGUGUUACUCAAUGAUGAGCUACGUAGAUUACUCCAUGAUGUACCACCUCAUCCGGGGGCAGUCCGUCAUCAAACUCUACAUCAUCUACAACAUGUUGGAGGUGGCAGAUCGUCUGUUCUCGUCAUUUGGCCAAGACAUUUUGGAUGCUCUGUACUGGACUGCAACAGAACCCAAAGAGAAGAAGAGAGCACACAUUGGAGUGAUUCCUCAUUUCCUCAUGGCUGUGCUGUAUGUCUUUCUUCAUGCCAUCCUCAUCAUGGUUCAGGCCACGACACUAAAUGUUGCCUUCAACUCCCAUAACAAGUCGUUGCUCACCAUAAUGAUGUCAAACAACUUUGUGGAAAUCAAAGGAAGUGUGUUCAAGAAGUUUGAAAAGAACAACCUUUUCCAGAUGUCUAAUAGUGACAUAAAAGAGAGGUUCACCAACUGCAUCCUCCUGCUCAUCGUCUGUCUCAGAAACAUGGAGCAGUUUUCAUGGAACCCUGACCACUUAUUGGUACUCUUCCCAGUUGUUGUCAUGGUGAUGUUGUCAGAGUUUGCAGUGGAUGUUGUGAAGCACGCUUUCAUCACCAAAUUCAAUGACAUCAGUGCAGACGUGUAUGGAGAAUACAGAGCCAGCCUGGCCUUUGACCUUGUCAGCAGCAGACAGAAGAAUGCUUACACAGACUACAGUGACUCAGUAUCCAGAAGAAUGGGCUUCAUCCCUCUUCCCUUAGCUCUGCUGCUCAUCAAAGUCGUGACUAGCUCAGUGAGGAUCCAGGGCUCGCUCUCCUUUAUGUGUGUGCUGCUGUUUUGCUUGGGGAUGGUCACUCUGAAGGUGCUCAAUAGCAUUGUUCUCCUCGGAACGUCGUGCACUUUUGUCAGAAAAGCCAACAUGGAGGAAAAACUUUUUGACCCUCCUCCCUCUGUAGCUUCCAGCCGAGCCAACUCCCGAGCUCACCGGAACAAAUAUGUUCCUGCUGCAUCGACACAAGAGCCGACAGCAGACAAAGCAGGAUUAUCCCUGGCACCUGGAGUUGCUCAGCCCCUCAACAUGGCAGAGACCACCGCACCCUCAAUUCCCAAGAGUGACUCAGACACAUUCUUGACCACACCGGACGAGGAGGACGAUGAUAAACUCAUAAACACCGAUACAGGGUUGGAAGGAGAUGCACUUAUACACAGAACACCCAAGAAAGACUUACUAGAGAUAGACCGGUUUACCAUCUGUGGCAACCGAAUAGACUGAGGGCUG